AUGGAAGUUACAACUGAUGAUGGCAAUAAUAAUGACAGUUUAGUAAUAAGGGUAAUGGAUCAAGGUGGUUCAUCAGAGAAAACUGAUGAUAAAAAUUGUAUCCGUGGAAUAGUGACUACUCAAAAAAACAGUUCAACAUCGUUGCUACCACCCACUUCAGCAUCGUAUAUUCUUGCAUCAACUUCGAAACAUAAUUUGUGCAGCGUAAUCAGUGCAGCGAUGUCUCAACGAAAUCAAGUCAUAUCUGCGAAAUUUCCAAUCCUUCCCGCCUCAGACAUAUCCCAAAAGAAUUAUACAACUUUCGAUGAGCCUAAAAUAGAUGCUAUUAAUAGUGGAACCGAAAUAGAAAUUAGUGAACAUUUAAAUGUUCUACCUUCGCUAACGUUGAAAAGUCCAGAAAAUCAUGGAAACGACGUCAUGUGGAAUAAUCAGCGCAAAUUAAUAAUGGAUCAAAUCUGUAAAACUUUUGAAAAUGCUGUUUCGUCGGAUAUUUUGGAUGAUAAAAAUGAAUCAUCGUGCAUAUCGCCCAUUCAUCUGAAUCCUGGUAAAUUUACAAGGCUUUUGGAAACGCCGAAAAAAUUUAAAUGGUUUGAAAAAUUUGAACAAGAUCAGGAGAAUGCUUGGAACUGUAGCAGACAAACAGCGAUCAGUCCAUCUGAUUCGAAUUAUAACAAGAAUCUAUAUGCUAUGUUUUCAGAUGGGAAUACUCAACAAGAAACAUUAGUUGCAAAAAAUAUAGAUGCGUUGGAAAGGCCAGAAAUAUUAGACGAUAGUGUACUGCAAGAAUAUCAACAGAUAGUGAUUACCAAUCCUGAAGCUAUAUCGAAUGACAAAGUUCUUGAUGAUCUGAACGUUAACGAUAUUUCUUGGUGCACAUCAUCCACCCUUUCGGAAAACGGUAAUGCACUGACUCCCGAAAAAAUUGAAGAAAAACGAAAUGAAAGUUCCUUCGAAGUGCUUUUAUCAAGCAAUCUUGGCUCCUCAACUGUUCACAAAGUGAACAUUCUUAAUGAAACUGACCCAACAUCAUCUAGUAUUCCACGUUUUUACUAUCCCUGUGGUAUCCCACAUAGUGGAAAAGAAAGUCGCAAGAAUCUGAACGCUGUAAAAGAAUUAUUUUAUAAAUAUAAUGAUCGGGUUGAUUUGUCACACAUGAAGGAAGUUUGUUCAGCAUCUGGACUGUGUGCACUCUGGAAACAACCACUUUAUAAUUGCAUUUCUACUCCAGCUUCAAAUUUUAUUAAUUUCAAUAAAUUUGCAAGUUGGUGGAAAAAAUUUGAAGCGAAUACUCACGAUGAGACAUCGCGUUUUGUUUACAUCUUGACGAGUGGAAAACGGAAUUACCUUAUUGCUGAUGAUUUUAAAGCUCUUGUUCAGGACUUGAUUGAGACAUUACCCUCGCUGAGUUUCUUGAAAGAAGCGGUCGCCUUCCAUCAACCAUAUAUAGAAACAGUGACAGCGCGUAUUUUUUGGGCUGUAUGUCACUCCUGGAAAAAAUAUAUUUCGACAGUAGAAUUGAGGUUAUCAAAUUUAUUGAAGGCAAUUAAAUUGUUAGAAAUAGCAGAGGUUAACGAAGAAUGUGAAAUUUUCAGUUACAAACACUUCUACGUUAUUUACUGUAACUUUUAUAUGUUGGAUAAAGGUGAAAAGAAUUACUUGACACCGUCUGAUCUUUCUUUUUAUUCCAAUAGUGCAUUAACAAAUUUGGUAGUGCAACGCAUCUUUUCUGGAGCUGUAUCGCUGAACAGUUCAAUGAAACAAGCUAUAGAUUAUAUUGCAUUCGUCAAUUUCUUGUUGGCAGAAGUUGAUAAAUGUCAUCCGAAAAGCAUUGAAUAUUGGUUCCGAAUAAUGGAUUUAAAUGGAGACGGUCGCAUUUCGUUUGAUGAAAUGGAGCAAUUUUAUAAUGAAAUAGUGGCGAAUGUUAUCCGUAUGGGUAUGGACGUAAUAACAUUCAAUAAUUUAAUAAAUAUGUUAAAAGAUAUGAUACCAUCACAUUCAUCAACAUAUUUCACAUUAUCCGAUCUCAAGCGAUUUCCUCCAAUGGCACGUUAUUUCUUCAACACUUUUAUCAAUUGGGUAAAGCAUAUUGCCCAAGAAAGUUGCCCACUUGAUAACAGAAACAGAUUCAUACAAGGAAUGGAUCCACAAUUCAGCGAUUGGAAUCGUUUUUGUAAAAUGGAAUACAAAAUAUUAGUAGCAGAUUUAUUGGAUAGUGAGGAGCAAACAACGGUUGGCAGAACUUUGAAUAGUUUGAAUGUAGUAAUGAAGGGAAUAGAUCAUUCCGUUCAUGAGUUAUUCAUGAUUAUCCAGAAAAUAAAUAUUUUUAAUAGGACCAAGUUGUUAAAUUGA